GGGCUCCGCCUAGGAGCUACCUGCGAGGCAGCCCAGGAGGGGCGGAGGCUGUGAAUUCCGGACCGCGCCCCCGUCUCCAUCCUCCCCUCCCCGAGCCCUUGCAGCCAGUCCCGGGAGGCGGCGUGGAGGGGAGGGCUGCUGGGCCUGGGAACCUGGAGUCCGGGGUUCCGGGGACGGCCGGAUGUGGGCCGCACUUCCAGACCGUGCGCUCCAGCCACGCCAGGCCGUCUGUGGAUCUGCCACCCGCCAGCAGCUCAGCCAUGUGGGCCCCUAGCCCACGUCAUCUCUGUCUGACCUUCCUGCUAGUCUGUGUUCUUUCGUCAGUCUUCUUCCUCCACGUCCAUCAAGACCUCUUUCAGAGUGGUGUAGACCUGUUUGCCCUGUGUCCAGACCGCCGCGUGGUGACAUCUCGUGUGUCCAUCUUAUGCCUGUCGGGCACGCCGAUGACCUCCAACACCUCCCUUUCCUGUCCCGAGCAGCCUGCCUCCCUCACAGGAACCUGGACCAUCUACCCAGAUGGCCGGUUUGGUAACCAGAUGGGGCAGUAUGCCACGCUGCUGGCCCUGGCCCAGCUCAACGGCCGCCAGGCCUUCAUCCUGCCCGCCAUGCACGCUGCCCUGGCCCCCGUGUUCCGCAUCACCCUGCCUGUGCUGGCGCCCGAGGUGGACCGCCACACGGCUUGGCGAGAGUUGGAGCUGCACGACUGGAUGUCGGAGGAGUAUGCCCACUUGAAGGAGCCCUUGCUGAAGUUCACUGGCUUCCCCUGUUCCUGGACCUUCUUCCACCAUCUCCGAGAACAGAUCCGCAGCGAGUUCACCUUGCAUGACCACCUUCGGCAAGAGGCCCAGGCUUUACUGAGUCAGCUCCACCUGGGCCGCACGGGGGGCCGCCCGAGCACCUUUGUGGGUGUCCACGUGCGCCGUGGGGACUAUCUGCAGGUUAUGCCCCAGCGCUGGAAGGGUGUGGUGGGCGAUCGCGCCUACCUCCAGCAGGCUAUGGACUGGUUCCGGGAGCGGCACGAAUCCCCCAUCUUCGUGGUCACCAGCAACGGCAUGGGGUGGUGCCGGGAAAACAUUGACACCUCCCGGGGGGAUGUGAUCUUUGCUGGCAAUGGGCAGGAGGGCUCACCGGGGAAGGACUUUGCGCUGCUCACGCAGUGCAACCACACCAUCAUGACUAUCGGCACCUUCGGCUUCUGGGCUGCCUACCUGGCUGGUGGAGACACUGUCUACCUGGCCAACUUCACCCUGCCCGACUCCAACUUCCUGAAGAUCUUUAAGCCUGAGGCUGCCUUCCUGCCUGAGUGGGUGGGCAUUAAUGCAGACUUGUCUCCACUCCAGACACUGGCAGGGAGACUUCCUGGAAUAGCCUGAUUGAUCAAGGGCCAGCAUUGUGCUUCUCUGGAGGCCUAGCAGCUUCUGGAGAUGGCUAGAAUUUGAAAGAAAGGGGGGCUUUCUGCAACUGCCUGAACGUUCUAGAACCAUCAGAAGAUCUUUUUCCUGAUGGCUGGCAAUGUCUGGAGAAGCUCCUGGCAGGUCUAGAAGGCACAGUGCCCACCUGCUCUUCAAGCCCAUAUCCAGAGUACUUCUAGAUGACUGCCCCCCAGGAACGGGGAACUCCCCCCUCUAGUUGACCAUCCUGGUCUUUUCUAGAAGAGAUGUUUCUCCUCCCCUGGAUCCUCAGGAUUGAAGGAACUCGGGUGGUUCUAGAGGAAGCACUCACCAACUCCCUUUCUGUGUUUCUGGGGUGAUUUUAGA